GGUUUGGUGAAAAUCACCACAAGCCCUAACGAGUUUGUUCUUUGUUUUCUGCAAAAUCAACAAAGACAAGGACGUGCUCAGCCAUCCUUCUCCAGACAUCUAAAAAAAUGUCUUUCUGCACCAAACUUGGAGCUUUACAGAACAGAAAUGUUCCAAUGACAUCAAUGCUCCGCUUCAUGUCCACAAAACUUUUCAUUGGUGGCCUAUCACCCGGAACUGAUGAACAGUCCUUGAAGGAUGCUUUCUCUACCUUCAACGGAGUUACAGAGGCAAGAGUCAUGACUAACAAAGUCACUGGGAGGUCUAGAGGUUAUGGAUUUGUUAACUUCGUUACUGAGGAUUCUGCCAAAUCUGCUAUUCAAGCUAUGGAUGGACAGGAGUUGAAUGGGUUUAACAUUCGUGUUGAUGUUGCAAAAGAAUGGCCAAGCUUGCCGUUGUCUUUGGAUCAGGAAGCUAUAGAAGAUGAGAAGAAAGGCAAUAAGAUGGUGAGCCGAUCUGUAUGGAAAGAUCCGUUCGUUGAUGCGUUCUUGAUGAAGAAGAAAAACGCAGCUCUGAACAGGAAGAUAUGGUCAAGGAGGUCGACUAUUCUGCCAGAGUAUGUUGAUUCCUCGGUGAGAAUCUACAAUGGCAAAACUCAUGUGCGUUGUAAGAUCACAGAGGGGAAAGUUGGGCAUAAGUUUGGAGAGUUUGCCUUUACAAGAAAAGUUACCAAGCAUCCUAGAGCAAAGUAAGUGUGUAGUUCUUGAGAAUGAAUUGGUCAGAGCUUGAGAGGAACCAUAAACGAAUCAAUAAGAAUACCGAGCAGGUAGGCUUUGAAGUCUAUUUAUCAGACUCUGAAGCUGUGCAAGUGUUUUUGAUUCAUGAAACCUGUGGGAACUCUUGUAACAUCAUUGAUCCUCGAAAGUGUUUUUUUUUUUUGCUGUUGUUCAUGAUUCUUUUGGUGAUACGAAGUAUGAGACUUUUCAUCCACUUUAAGGCAAAGAUAGCCAUUUACAACGUGGAAGAUAAAUUUAAAGUUCC